AUGCCGCCGGGCCGCAAUGACUUUGCCACCGCCUCGGUCCCCAACCCGCGCGGCGCCGGCGUCCUUACCGUCAUCGUCGCCAACCCCGAGGACCUGCCGGAACGGGCGCCCCGUAACAACGCCGCGACGGCCGCCUCGGCCGCCGGCGUGAGGGCUCUGAGCUCCCAGCUCGUCGCCUUUUACUUCCGUGCCCCGGCAAAGGCCUUCUUCCGCACCCGCGUCGACUACCUGGCCUAUGCGCGCACCGUCCACAACGCCCAGACCAGCCGUCUGUGGCAGGCCGUGGCCGACGACCGCUCCGCGUCGCGCCUGUCGCUCAUCCUCCGCCACUCGUGGCUCUGGAUGCGCAGCACGACGCCCGGUGUCUUGACCUCGGUCAUCAAGCAUCAGGGAUGGGGCGUCGUCCCUCGCCAGAUCCUGCCGCCCCUCGUGGCCAACGUCGGCGUCGGCGCCGUCCUGUACACGAGCUACCUCCAGAUCCUCGGCCGGCUUCAUCCUGAGAGCGCAAAAGCCAGCUUUCUCGCCGGCGGUCUCCAGAGCGUCGUGGCCGCCCCGCUCGAUGCCCUCCAGGCGCGCUACGACCACCGCGACCUUAUGCCCAGCGACGGCAGCGGCAGGCCGCGGAGCCUGUGGACCUUUGGCGCCGAGAAGCUCCGCGAGAUUGGAGUGCGCGGCAUCUUUGCCGGAUGGGCCCUGUCGUUCGCAAAGGACAGCCUGGGCAGCGCCGUCUUCUUCAGCACCUUUGAGUAUGUCAAGGCCCAGGCCUACUACCGCUUUGUGACCUGGUACUACGGUGGUCUGGGCCGCGACAUCGUCGACGUGCUUGCCAUCAAGCACCCGUCCCACCGCCAUGCCGAGGACGAGACAAUCGUCAUACGGCCGCACUACGCCAUAGAGCCCAUGUUCCUCCUCUGCGCCGGCAUCAGCGCAUCCUUCACCCAGCAGCUCCUCCUCCAUCCUCUGACGCAUUUCCAAGUCAAGCACUGGGAUCACCUCGAGGACCUCGACCAAAAGGCAGCCCGGAUGCUGCGCGCCUACUACCGCGCCUAUCAGGAGACGUGGGGGGGAUGCGCCGCCGAGGCCGCCGCCGAGGGACAGAGCCUGGGCCGCUGGCUGUACCGCGGCUUCUGGUGGAACGCCAUCCGCCAGGUGCCAAGCACCAGUGCAGGCUUGAUCAUUUUCGAGCUGAUUCGACGCAAGUAUGGGUUCGGCGCGGAAGAGGUGAGGAUCACAAAGGACGGAUAUGACAUUCUGCUCAGUUGA